AAACCAGAGUGCUCCAGAUUUCCUCCCACGUCAGCUCGUAGUCAGCUGUCAAAACAGAAAUUGUCGGCUGCUGCUUACAGUUCCUCCUUUGUUUAGUGAAUUAUUUGCAAUUGCAAUUAAAUACGUGUGCAGUAAAUUCUGCACAAUUUACUCGUUCAAUAUGGUAGUGUGUUAUGCAAUCCAGAAGACCACUACCAAGUGAUCAUCCGUGGUCUUAUCGUAUUGUUGUUCAUCUUUUGAACCGUUGGUGUUUAAGUUUUUCUACCUUAUCCACUGUGUUCUCUAUAAUCACUGAUCGAUAAUCACUCGCAUUCAUCCCAUAGCAGAAAUUUCCUAAGCUUAGCAAGAUGCGGUUUCACCAUCAAGACUUUUCGCUUUGCCUAUUCUUUUUUGGGACCGGCGCUGUAUUAUAUUUAAUGUCUUCCAAAUUGCAAGAUACUACAGAAGAUUCUUUUUCCAAAAAUACGUCAUGGGUGCACAAGCUGUUUGCGAAUUUGUCUGGAUAUGCUGUCAUCUUUGUUCCUGGAUAUCUCAUUAUAAAAUACAUACAACGAAUCAAUUACAUUGAUUACACGAGCCGUGGGUUCCUGUGGCCACUUAUCAAGUCGUGCGUAUAUGGUCAAGGGCAUGAUGGAGAACUGAUUCCAUCUACCGAAGGAGGUGGCAAGGGGUCCAUGUCAACGGAUCACGGCCCUUCUUUUGCUAAGAACUCACUGGUCCUUGUGUACUGCUUCUUAGGACUCCAGUCGAGUUAUUUGAUGUGGGGUCUCCUCCAGGAAAAAAUCAUGACACAGACAUAUUCUGGGAAAGCAUUCACCGAUUCCCAGUUCCUUGUAUUUGUCAACAGGAUCUUGGCACUGGUCAUUGCUUGGGCAUAUUUACUAUUUUAUGAAAAUCAAAGUAUUCGACGCAGCAAAGAUGGCCCACUAUAUAAAUACUCGUUCUGUGCGUUUUCCAACAUUAUGAGUUCCUGGUUUCAGUAUGAAGCUCUGAAAUUUGUUAGUUUUCCAACUCAGGUUCUUGCAAAAGCCUGCAAAAUUAUUCCUGUGAUGCUUAUGGGGAAACUGAUUAACAAACAGACUUAUGAAUACUACGAGUACUUAACUGCAACCCUGAUAUCAUUUGGAAUGAUCUUGUUUCUAUCUGGAAGUAGUGACUACAUUAAAGUAGGUCAGGAGGAGACUAUACCAACUGCGACGAUUGGACUUUCUGGACUGAUUGUCCUAAUUCUGUACAUGGUAUUCGAUUCUUUUACAUCCAAUUGGCAGAGCGCAUUGUUCCAGACCUACCGGGUUUCCUCGGUUCGUAUGAUGGCCGGUGUUAAUUUAUUCGCGUGCUUACUGACUGGAAUUUCGCUAAUUCAACAAGGAACUCUCGCCCAAUCAUCAAGAUUUAUUGCUGACCAUCACGACUUUGCAUUUGAUUGUCUCAUGCUGUCGAUUUGCUCAGCCGUAGGACAGCUAUUUAUUUAUUACACAAUUGAGAAAUUUGGAGCUGUGGCAUUUAUCAUUAUAAUGACUAUUCGCCAAGCUCUGGCAGUACUUCUCUCUUGCAUAUUUUAUCAACAUCCCAUAAGUGCGGUUGGAAUAAUAGGCGUGUUAUUGGUCUUCCUGAGUCUUCUACUUCGAAUUUACUGCUCUUAUAGAAUCAAACAGAUUAGAAAGAGACCUGUUUUAUCCAUAAGUUCUGGAUCAAUAGCAAAAGUGUAAUUCCAAUUUCGUUCAUGAUCCAUUUUGUCACUUUAUUAGUUUAUAAAUGUGCGACUAAACAUUUAUUUAUAAACUAGGUUAGUAUUUAUUUGUCAAGCAUAUAAUAAUUGUGGUUUGUGGUGCAAUUUUUAUUUAUUUGAUGUGUUGUGUAAUUAACUGUGUACAUGCGUGCUGCCGACGGUCGACAUAGUCAUUAUCAAAUAAUCCAAUGAAUAAUGGUCUCAAUAUCAAUUUGCUCGAGUAUGAAAUCUCAGUCAUAAAUAAUUUAUUUCAGUUUAAAUCUUGAAUAAAUUAAAAAUUGUAGAAAUAGUACGUAUAAAACUAACGAUGAUACUAUAUUGUGUACACUUUAUACAUGUCUACUUAUGACGGAUGAGUAUGAUUUUACGUCAGAGUUGAUUUCUGAUGAAAACCAAUGGCCAAAAUAAAAGUAUGCAUAAUUUCAA